CGUCAUAGAUAAAGACAGGUAGAGAAUUGUGGGUAGAGAAUUGUUGAACUGUUUAUAGUAGAUAGUUUGCUAUUAAAUAUUGAAAAAUAUGAGUGAAAACACGGACGAUUUAGAACAGUCGGUAAUGUUAGCAGCCGCCGCUGCGGAUUUACGAGAGUAUGAAGAAGCUGAGAGUAGACUACCUGAAUUGAAGCAUGAUCCAGUACCAGUAGAAACUAGUAGAAAAAGUUAUUAUACCGAGACGAGGUUUUCCGACCAAGAAAGAGACAAUAAUGUUUGCACGGUAACAAAUCGGAAAGAAACCAAUGCUGACUCUCAUUCUAGGGGUCAGGCUCGUCAGUCUACCAGCAAUAAGAGAAGCAGGGAAGAUAGCGACGAUUCAGACUCACAUCCACAUAAGAAAGCCGCGCUCAUUAAGGAAGUUUCAAUAGGAACAAGUCAUGCAGAAGUUGUCGCCACUCAUUACAAUCUCAUUGAAGAGAAAGGUCUCCAAGAGAGGUCCAAAAGCAGAGUGAUCCAUUUACGCAACUUCCACAACUGGAUCAAGAGCAUGUUGAUCAAUGAGUACCUAACGAAAAUUAGAGACUCGAAAAAACAGCACAACCCCCCGAUAAGGGUGCAUGAUAUGUGCUGUGGUAAAGGAGGCGAUUUAUCCAAAUGGCGAAUUGGUAAUAUCAGCCAUCUGAUUUGUAGUGAUAUUGCCGAAAUGGCCUUAGAAGACUGCAAAAAUAGGUAUGCUUCAUAUGUCAAGCAGCGAUCUAGGAAUGAUAGAGGAUGGGGUUCAAACAAUAUAUUUUCCAUGGAAGUAGUUCAUGGCGAUGGAGGCAAAGUUAGAUACAGGGAAAAGUUCAAAGACCCCUCUAUAAAACUGGAUUUAGUUUCGUGCCAGUUUGCCUUUCACUACAGUUUUGAGAGUUUACCACAAGCCAACUGUUGGUUUAAAAAUGUGUCUGAAUGUCUACAAGCUGGUGGAUAUUUUAUUGGGACAAUGGUUGAUUCUAACGAAAUAAUAGCCAGAUAUCGCAAAUCCGAAACUGAUUCCUUCGGAAAUAACGUGUUUGAGGUGAGAGAACUGAAUUUCGAUGCAGCUAAACCUCCAUUAUUUGGGGGUAAAUAUAAUUUCGAGCUGUUUGGAAUUAUAAAUUGUCCCGAGUUUCUGGUGCACUUUCCCACUUUUGAGAAAUUGGGCAAAAAGUACGGCCUAAAACUGGUCAAAAAAGAAAAGUUUUGGAACUUUUUUGAAAGAAUGAAAGACGAAGGUAAACAACUGUUAACUAAUAUGGGAGCUCUAGAAUCAUAUCCACCAACAGAAGGCAAAACAUUGGUAGGAAAUGAUGGCGAUGACUACACACAUGCAAAAGAAUUUCUGAAGAAUCAGAAUGGUGAUGAUGGUUGUUGUGGUACAUUGUCAAAGAGUGAAUGGGAAGCUUCGUCGUUAUACUUGACAUUUGCCUUCCAAAAAGUUAAGAACACUUGGAACGCUGACGGAACUCCAUGUUACGACAUUUAAUAUGAAAUAUCAGUUGAAACUUUAUAGAAAAUAUUGGAAAAAGUUGUGAGUACCUAUGUUAAUAUAGCAACAUAAAAAGGCUGAAAAUCAAA